AUGUCCUCUGAAUCUCACAAUAAUCCCUCCUCCACCCCGACGAACAACCAGUCGUCUACAGGGCCACAACAUUCAAACGUCAUUCCGUCCAUUUCCUCCUCAAACAAUACACCCCAAACAGUGCCAUCCCAGUACUCCCAGUACUCGGUCCCCCAUUACCAGUACUCCCAGUACUCCGGAUACGGCCAGCCCCAAUCCCAGUCCACCAGGCCGUACGACUACUCAGUGGCCAACUCGGCAUAUUCUCAGCCCCAGUCGACUCCGUCCGCUGCAGCACAACAACAGUACGGCUUGCCAUUGUAUCCAACGACACAGUUCUCCUACUCCCACCACCCACAGGAGAAUGACUACCACCAGCCUGGUCACCAGCAGACGCAGCAGGCCCAGCAGUACAUGCAGCCAUACUCUUCCACGUCCUACUCGAGCUACUACCCACAGCAAGGUUACCAGACACAACCCCAGGCCACGGGCACGGCUCAACAGGCUGGCUAUGCCUCUUCCUACAGAAACUACCCUUCCUCGUCGUACCCGCUGUACGGUGCGUAUCCGCGACCGGGGUCCACGUCCACCAGUCUGCCGCCUCCUCCAAGUACCGGAGUUAAUCCGUCACCCAAGCCUAGUGUGACUUCCGGCGCGUCUUCUCACUCCAGGAACAGUUCUGUGAACUAUCCGCCCGUGAGUCCUUCUGUGGGCCAGAUCCAGCCUCCGGGCAUCCGUCCGAAAAUCACAACCACUAUGUGGGAAGACGAAAAAACCUUGUGCUACCAGGUCGAAGCCAACGGUGUCAGUGUUGUCCGCCGGGCUGAUAACAGCAUGAUAAACGGCACCAAACUGCUGAACGUCGCCAAGAUGACCAGAGGAAGGAGAGACGGGAUUCUCAAGUCGGAGAAGACUAGACACGUCGUCAAGAUCGGUUCGAUGCACUUGAAAGGGGUGUGGAUUCCGUUCGACAGAGCCCUGGCCAUGGCCGAGAGAGAAGGAAUCAUCGACCUGCUCUAUCCGCUGUUUGUCAAGGACAUAGAGAAAGUGAUCCAACAGGGCACGCCAACCAGCCAAGUCGGACAACUAUCGCUGUCGUCCAAGCCGUCAGUUUCAUCGGGACCAGCAGCGUCCUCUGCCGCUUCUGGGCUUUCCGCUAACCAGUCUGGCUACUCUUACGCAACUACCUCCCAACAACCAGGAUCCAACUACUACUACAAUGGCUACUAUGGCCAGCAACAGCCGCAAUCAUCAUCCGUCGCCGCGCCGCAGUCCCAAUACCAAACAGGGUACCAAUACCCUGGGGCACCCUCAGGCCAGGGGUCUGAUGAAAAAUAA